UAGAUACUGGUUCUCACCAGAAUAGGAUGGUUGUGCGUCCUGACUUUUUAAACAUUAACAGAAGGAGUGGAUCCAGAUUUAAGAUAAAGGAGGUAGAGGGCGUUGCUACAUGUGAUCCCAAUCCAUGUAAAAACAAUGGUGAGUGUAGGAUACAUAAUACGUGUAUCUGUCCUGUGGAAUAUACCGGUACUCUAUGUGAAGACAACAAUUUAUUAGUCAGAUGUGGAUUUGAGAAAAACAUUUGUAACAUUUCCGUUCGCAACUUUACAAAAACCAAUUCCUUCUUAGGCAUUCCUGUUCCGCCAGAGGGGAAGUAUUAUGCCUUGGCCUCCAUCUCAGCUCCAGAAAGGAAAAAUGCAGCAAUGGUAGCAAAGUUACCGCUUAAUAAAUUAGAAGUUAUGGGGAAAUCUGUUCGCGUCGAUUUUAGUUGUGCUACAAUGGGGAGUGCCCUUCUCGACCUUUUGUACCAUGACGGCAAAAAGAAUGGAACAUCUGAAUAUGCUAUGCAGAAUGUAACCUCCAUUGGACAAUGGGAGAACUUUGGCGUCAACCUACCAACUGGAGAAGACAUGGUGUAUGUUUUCCUUGCUAAAGUUGGAGGAAAGACGGGUCAAGGUGCUGUGGCUGUUGACAAUAUAAGAUUUACCAAGCCAAAAGAAAAGUAAAGUUCACAGAAUUCAUUCCUUUUGGAUGUUCCUAAGGUUAGAACUGUAAUCUACGACAGUCGCCGAUUUGACUAUGCCGCCGCUUUACUUCGGAACUCUUUACCCUUAUGUCUUAAAAAAAAUCCAAAUCCGUCUCCGCUUUUAAAAAAGGUCUUAAAACUCACCUCUUUGAACUUGCCUAUGACAGAAUGUAAAUAUUGUAUUUUUAGUGAUUUAUUUACAAUUGAACAUUGAACUGGUUAUAAGGUCUUUUAGGAAUUUUGCGUUUAACUCAUUAGUACAGGCUCUUUUAAAUUUUAAACGUUUCAAUAGUUGUAAUUUUAUAAUAGGGUUUUCCGCGCCGUGUUUCUGUACACU